AUGGACUGCGUGACGACAGGUUCUACCGUGCAGUCGUCACAGAGAGCGGCUUUUUGCAAAACCACUUGGGCUGUUGUUCGGACUUUAGGAGAGGGUGCGUUUGGGGAAGUUAAGCUGGUUGUUGAUUCAAGGAAUUCUAAUUUUGCUGUUGCGGUGAAAUGUGUAGAUCUUCUACGUCAUCAGGAUGCGAAAGAAGCUGUUAGAAAGGAGGCGUUGAUACAAAGAGAGUUGCGGGGGCACAGAAACAUUGUUCAAUAUAUAGGAAUGCGGAUGGAAGGUAUUUAUGAGUUUCAGAUUUUCCUUGAAUAUGUGGACGGUGGUGAACUCUUUGAUCAAAUAGAGCCUGAUUUCGGAAUGCCACCAGCGAAAGCUCAGUUCUUUUUCGUACAGCUAAUAGAAGGAGUUCGUCACAUGCACUCACUGGGCAUAGCUCAUAGAGACAUUAAACCGGAAAAUAUACUUCUAACACAAAACGGUGUUCUAAAAAUUAGUGAUUUUGGUAUGGCAACAAUAUUUAGACACAAGGGUAAAGAGCGUUACCUGACAACUCGUUGUGGGACGCUACCGUAUGUUUCUCCGCAAGUCAUUAGUGGUCGAUAUCGGGGUGAGGCUUCGGAUAUAUGGUCAUGUGGCAUAGUGUUAGUGGCUAUGUUGGCUGGUGAACUGCCUUGGGAAACAAUGUUACGUACGAUACUGAAUGAGGGAGAGGAAUCACGAGCGUCAAUAGAAAGAAUACAAACACAUCCAUGGUGUAGUGCAGACUUGAGUAAAAACAGAGGUUUGCUAGACGCUAAUUCCGAGUUUUGUCAGAUUAACGGGGUUGUUUCAAAACGUAAGCGUUGUGCUUUGGAUGUCAUUCAGGAAAGUUUUGUUUGUGAUUCGUAUUCCCAGCCUCCCGCCUACAGGCCCGCGAAGAUUUCCUUGAACGAUGAGACUUCUUUGACAAGAGGGAAAUGUGAUGGGCCUCUGAUCAAUGCAUCAUUCAGCCAACCAACUGAUAUGGAAGAAUUGCUCCUAAAUCAUUCCCAGAUGGACACUCAAACACAGUGCACAGAUCCAUUCCAAUUACUAGUGAGGCGAAUGACACGCUUCUGCGUCACUGUGGGAGUUUCGCAGGCUAUUAAUAUGAUUGUAACGGCAUCGGAAUCGGCAGGUUUUGAAGUAAAGAACAUCACUGCUAAUCAGGUGGGUCACCAUGAGAAGAAAGAUAAAAUAUUGAGCUGCGGUCAGGCUUAUUCGUGCUCAUUUCUUUCUAAGUUGCAAGCUAAUUUCCUUUGCAAUGCUUUGAAGCUUUUCCUUCUUCUGCUGAAAUACUUGGUGUGGGAAGAGAUUACAAUUCAAACUCGUAAAACGACCUUCCUGGUUGCUGUUUAUGACAUGGGACAAAUCUCUGGUGACAAGGUUAUGGUUGAUUUCCGUCGGUCACGCGGGGAUGGGAUUGAGUUCAAAAGAGCUUUUAUUAAAUUGAAGAAGGAUCUUAAUCAAAUAAUCUGUAGAUUUGGUACAUGUUGGCUUGAAAAGCAAGGCCUUAUUUACGUUAAUGCUGCUACAUAG